CAUCCAAGGUGUGUUCGAGAUCAUCUGGCGCUGCGCAGACCGAUCGGCGAGGUUUGCCGCUUGCAGUCGAGGGAGGAACUGAAGACGGAGCCGUCAAGCCGGACACCUGCUGCUUGCCGUAGUGACGUGUGCGCCGUGUUUCCUUGUUUGUAAUCGCAAAUGAAGUGACUUAGAUGCUGAAUUUGAUAAAAACAAACCUUUUAAUAAAAAGUUGCAACCAGAAACAUUUUAUAUCGAAUAUUUUAAUUGCUGCUUAUACUGUAUACCCGAAAAUAACGGGAAACAAGCAUAUAUUAUUAAAAUACCAAUAGAGUAUGUUAUUUUCAUUUUUAUUUUAUUACACGACACAAUAUAACAUAUUUAAGGAUAUUAAAGUGGUUUUUCCUGUUUUAAAACAUGAAAUUAUAAUGUUUAUUAGUGAAACUAAAGGUUGGAUUAAACUUGAAACGCACGUGAUCGUUGUCAUCAAUGAGGCGACCAAUCAAGUAAAGCUGUUACGUCAUCACAACUCCGGGCAGCCGCUCUGGAGAAGCUGCACCGGCUGAGCUAGCCGGCUACUCUCGAAACGCUCUCGCGGUACUUAAAAACCAUAUGACACAGUCACGUGCCUGCAGCGCCAGCUGAAGUCGGACAAAAGUACUAACCAAAAUGCACUGCUUCAAGUCAGCCGCCGAUCGGUCUGCGCAGCGCCGCAUGAAGUCGAACACACCUAUUGUCAGACAGGUUGCUCACGUGACAUCUACGUCAUUAAGCUCAGUUUGAGUCUGCGCAGUACGCUCGACACCCAGGAAGUGCGUGCUUCUAAUUGACUUCACUUGUCUCCGUUGAAUCCAAUGGGGUCGCUGUGUCCAUUUCUUUUACUGUCUAUGCAAAAAAACACGUUUUGCACCAUGUACAUUUCAACCACACUUUACUUAAAUAAAUAUAUAUGUAACGGAGUUUAAAUAAUGUUGUUAAAUUCAUGCAUUAAUUGGGAAAACUCGACAUUGGCUGUUACGUCACCCGCAUUUACGUGCACGAUAUUACAGGGGCGGAGCUACAUCACCAGCAGCAGUUGUUUACAUCUCUUGCUGCUGGUAAGUCGCAUCAAAGAUUGCUGCGUCUUGACAAUUGAGUUUAAACUGUUUUUAAGUGCAAGGUUUGACUUUUAUACUACACACAAUGUUAUAUCAUUUGUCUGUCAGUUCUUAGUUCUGUCAGUCGAGUCAAAUGUGUUAUUUGCAAUGAUAAAAUGAAGUGUGUGUGUGUGCUAACCUGCUUGUGAACUCCGAAUCUCUGUUUAUUUUAUUUAAGACAUCUAUGCCACGUGAUGCACUGUACGUUAACCAGCUUUUGGUCGUGUUUGUUACAGAUCUCUCACUGCUGGCUCAGUAAAGUGCAAUUUUGAGUAACCAUCCACCUGCUCUCAGAGUGAUUUCAUCCCUACACAUACAAACACAGUCACAUUGGUGCCGUGACCCGUUGUUUCUUCAAUCAAGAUGGCUUGUGAAGCGUCCGAGGGUUCAUCUUAAAAUACUUGCUGGAGACAGGUGGACACAAUUUUGCUCAGGGACAGUGAACUAGACGAAAAGAAAAAGAAUAUAAUUUUAGUGCCUGCAAUUGAGAAAUUUGCAGUGUUUGCAAAAGACAAUUUGCCUUAUGAUCAACAACAUUUUCUAAAUUUUGUUUAUUGUAUUCAUUUUUUUUUUGCAAGUUCUGAUAUUCAUUAUGAGUAAUUUUGAUAACUAUCACACCCCAGUCUAUAGUAGUAAAGGUAGAGGAUGGGGUUUAUUGAAUGUGCCAAAGUCAUUACAGUUCAGUGGGCCUGAUGUUCAAAGUGAUGCUCACGUAAUGAUUGACAGUCACACUUCCAGUUCAGAUCCAUUCGUUUGUGAGGGUCCAUCCACAAGUUAUGAUUCAAGAGAGCAACAGGGUGUGUUUUCAUCUACUCCAUGCACUAAUGCACAGCCACAAAAUGUAAUUACUGCAAUGACUGACAUUAUCAGCCAGGUUGGUCAACAAAUUGCUGAUAGUAUAGUCUCCAGACUAAACACAACAUACAAAGUUGAUGAACAUUCAGUUAAUAAUUCCUCAAACAAUGUGACGGCAGAUGGAACAGCUUCACAAAUGAUGGACCUGUUACAAAGUCAAUUGUCCUUUUCCAAAAAUGUGAGAGAACCUCCUAGCUUUAGGGGAGAAGUUUCUGACCCUGUUGACUUAAAUGAGUGGAUAGAUAUCAUGAGAGACUACAUUAAACGCAAUAAUUUGAGAACAGAGCAUCAAGCGGAGGAGAUUAUGGCCCAUCUAAGAGGCAAAGCAAGAGAUGUAGUCAAGUUUGGCAUAAGAAACUGUGACAUUGAUAUUGUGCAUAAACCUGAUGCAAUUUUUAGUAUUCUCAGGAAACACUUUGAAACUGCUCCUUGCUCUUCUCUCCCACUGGCUGACUUUUACACCACUUUACCCAGAUCGGAUGAGGGUGCUUACGAGUACUGGAUCAGGCUAAACCGUGCAGUCGACAUCGCUGCUGAGAGCUUGAAAGAACAGGGUAAAUUACUGGAUUGUCCAGGAACAGAGGUAACCCGCAUGUUCAUCAGACACUGCCCAUGUAAAGAGCUUGCCAUCACCUUUCGAUCGAAAACAAUCAGUGCAUGGUCCGUUCGAGAAGUUCAGGAUAUUUUGAACGAAUAUCACUCAGAUUACAAUUUUGUACCUAAAGUUAGAGAUGCAGCACCCAUAAAAAUUCCUGUGAACAGAACUGAAGUGGAACUGUCGUCUGCAGCACGUCCAACACUUUCAGCUUCUUCUGAAAUCCAGCAAUCCAGAUCUCUGGAAGUGUCUGCAUUAGAGCGAGUCAUGAGCUUGUUGGAAAAAGUCCUGUUAAAAGAAUCUGAAAGUAAAGUGCAGAGUCCACGUGUUAAGACCAAAGUAAGUCUACCUCGAGUAAAAGGCCUCAAUGACCUGCCAUGCUCUGUCUGUUCUAGCCCCGACCAUUCUGGUCUCACGCAUUGUCUUGACAAAAAGUUGUGCUUCCAAUGUCACUCUCCUGACCAUACCCGCUUCGUCUGUCCUGAGAGAGUGAAAUCGCUGUCAUGUCAAGGAAUGGGAAACUAGAAGAUCUGCACUCAAGGGAGGACAGUGCAGAUCUUGAGUUUAUUCCUCCUACCCAGUGUUGUAUGAAUGACCCAACCUCAGUUUACAGUCUUUCUAGUUCCGUUGAGCCUGCAGGGAAAACUAUAAUUUUUCAGAACACGCACAGAGUACAGCGAAUUGAUAGUCUGUUUUACACAACGGCGAUAGUAUGGGGCGACCUUCAACUGAAAGCCAUGGUUGACAGCGGCUCCAUGGCGUGCACGAUGAGUGUAGCUGCUGAACGUCUCUUGUUGCAGCGUAGGCCAAUUUUACAAAAGUUCCCUGUCAGUGACGUCGUCAUAAUUGGUUGUGGCGGUCAACGUGUUACACUGACAGUUAUGUAUGAACUUGAGCUCUCAGUUUAUGCCUGCAAGAUGGUUGUUCCAGUUUUAGUGGUUCCAGGCCAAACUGAUGAUUUGAUUUUGGGCAGCAAUGCUAUCAAGUGGCUGAUUCAUAAAAUGAAAGAGACAGAUGGAUACUGGAGACUUGUGUCCACCCCAAUUAACUCAGAUGAUGUUGAAUGUCACCAAUUCCUGUCCCUGAUUUCAAAUAUUGAACGAUGGAAGGGUGAAAACAUACCUGAUAGGGUAGGUACAGCCAAGUUGAAAGAGAAAAUAACUCUGGAACCACACCAUGAACAUCUCGCUUGGGCUCAGCUUCCGGAAUUAACAGCUGUUUCUGUGUGGGAGCACAGUCAUUGUUGAGCCAACCCUCAGUAAAUGCCGUCCGAGGAGCGUGAUUAUAGGAAGAGUCAUCACACCUAUGUGGGGCAGUAGAUGGGUGCCUUUCAAAAUAAUGAACCCAACAGACAAAGUAAUCAUUCUUAAGAAGAACACGAAAAUUGUGGAUGUUUUUACUUGUAUAGCUGUGGAAGAGUUGUCCACACCAGAGUCCCUGAAAACUAAUGUUCAGUGUGCUGCAAGUUCUGUAAAUCAUGUACGGACCAGUGAUGAAAGGAGAAACGUGCUGGAUAAACUAGAACUGCAGGAUUUGAAUCUGGAUGAUUGUGAAGUGUCAGAGGAGUGGAAGGAUAGACUUCUGAAUCUCAUUGAGAAGUAUGAGUCAACCUUUUCACGUGGAAAGAUGGAUUGUGGGGAAGCUACCGACUUUGUCCACAAAAUCCACUUGGUGGAUGAGAAGCCAUUUCGACUACCUUAUCGACGUGUAGCCCCCAGCCAGUAUGAUAAGCUGCGCACUGCCUUGAGUGAGAUGGAGGUUAAAGGAAUUAUAAGGAAGUCUCAGAGUGAAUAUGCAUCUCCUCUAGUUCUAGUGUGGAAAAGGAAUGGUGACCUUCGUAUUUGUACAGAUUUCAGAUGGCUGAAUGCUAAGACAGUGAAGGACGCUCACCCACUUCCACACCAGGCUGAUGCACUCGCAGCUUUGGGUGGCAACGUUUUCUUUUCAACCAUGGACUUGACUUCUG